AGCUGGAAGAAGUCGUCCUCCACUGGAGAAAGGUGAUUAAGUCUGCGGUCUGUUAAAACGCUAAGAAAACAACACUCUUUCAUCUAUGUCUAUUUCUACCCACGAUCUCGCCCGUCGUCAUAUUUCGGUUGAUGUCUGUGUAAACGCAAAAACUUGCUGCGGAGUUUCAUUCACGUGCUGAUUUCGCUACGCUUCAGCACUUUGAGAAAAUAAGUAUGUCCACAGCCAAAAGUCCCUUGAUUCUUUGCUCUGCGUCCUUCUUUUUGCUGUGUUUUUAUCUGGCUUUGGUUUGCCACAAUGCUGCGAUUCUGUACAACCAAUCGCGGGCUGCCCGAGCGGUUCUGGAGCUCGAAUACCUACCCCCAGCCGGCCGCUCCUCGGGAAGAAGUUCACUAGGGACCAAGCAGGACGAGGAGCAAAAGUUCCUUGUUCGUCGCAGCGACGGUCGGGCGGGCGCGGCUGCGCGCAUCGAGCAAGAUGGGUCGACUUCCCACCACCUGCCGGUACGUCAGUUAGGCGAGCUUCACGGUUUCGGGAGUGGUACAAGCCAUCCGACCGCGGUGCGGCAUGAGUUGCUCCGUCCGCCCGAGGACAUGGCUGCGUCUACCACGCGGGAGGAUGCAACCUCUACAGUGCACGACCUGCACGUGAAUCCGAAAUUCUACGAGUUCCUCCAGAUUCGCAGUGCGGAAGACGCCAAAAGAAGGCAUGCGGAGACCGCAGCAGUAGCGGCACAGGCCGUGUACGUGGAUGUCUUUCCGUUUCUCGUAAUGGCAGCCGUGUGCGGGGUGCUGGCCGUGACACAUCGGAUGUCGCGCUUUGCGCAUCUUCUAGCACUGGCGGGGUCGGCGGUAUUAUAGUUUUUUAUCCGGGAACAUUUUUUUCAGUCUAGAGUGUUUGUCGUACAGCGGAAAUAUUAACCGUGAUGGUGAAGAUGAUUCGCUGGUCAUGGAGCUUCGGUUUGUACGCAACAACCACAGGUCCUCGCGGGGGGAGUAAUAAAAGCUGCUUUCAUCCUGUACCGUGGCGCUUUGCAGCAGAUGAUCGCUCCUACUUCGUCAACCGAGCCCUUCGCCCGGAUCACCGAGUACAACGUUGCGCAAGUGCUUCUUCUCCCACCGUUACUCGGUAACCAGGGCGAGUACGACAAAACUCUCGAGCUCGGCCGCCUGGCUUUCCGUGGUGUGUGCACCAAUCACAUCUACGCGACGCCGAUUUUCGUUUUCGUCUUGACUUUCUGCGUCAUCAUUCACGAGCUGAAGUGUCGCAGGUGGUCCGAAAAUUGUCGGGCGGUGGUGUUCGCGGUGCCGGUAACAGCGUUUUCCGGAAUCUGUGUCUAUUUCAAGAUCCACGAGUUCAACACCGUGGCCCUCGCCGUCGUGUUUCCCUGGCUGCUCUACGAGAGCGAAUCGUUGGAGGAGUACAUUCUGGCCGCGUGCAACGCGUUUCUAGAGGGCGAAGCAACGCAGUUCUACUGCAGGUCGAAGCUCAUGCGGAAGGACGAGCUGGUGGGCAAGAGCCAUGUUGGGCAGCACUCGCCCAACAUCGAAGACGAAGUUUCGGACAGCGAUAACGAGUACGAUAAGAUGAAAGUUCGCCCUGGGAACAACGUGCGCCUGCUGCAUUCCGGAACCAAAGUCGUGCCUAAUUGUGGUCUUGGUGGAAAACGGUUCGAAUCGGUAGAGAACUACCGAAUCAAACGCGGACGGAGCAACGAUUCUGUGACAAUUCUAGCGCAAAGCCAGCAGGUUGUGCCCGGCAGCGGCCAAACUUCUACCUCGUCCGCGAACCUGCGUCGCGGGGGCCACAAUUUGCAUAAGACGAACACCCGUACUACGACCGCGGAGAGUAAUUCCAAUCGAACAAAGAUGAAAACCUCCGCUUCAGGGAGCAGCAUUAGUGAUCUGCUGGAACACUCCAGAAAAUCCUCUUUACUGCAUCGCACUAGCUCCACGUCCCUGCACGGCCGGACCAGCAGUGCGUACAAAACGUCCGUCGAUCGGCUGCUGACCGAAACAAUUUUUCCGUUGGAGCAAGAGACUGCAAAGCCGUAUUUCCGGAAUUCCUGGACGACUAAUCAGUCUUCUUCGUGGGAAAAACAGAAGGAGCAGGCAAAUGAGAAGGUGCGCCACAGGAGGUAUAGCGCCGUGGCAGUGAGCAAAAUGCAGCACCAGCAGACUAGCACAGCGUCUCAGCACGCAGCGGGGCUGCUACACUUGAAUCGGGACGACGAGAUGUAUGAGCAUGAUGCGGAGUUUCUGGCGUCCAGAGCACAUAGCUACAUGAGUACGUUACCGCGUGGAAGCUUCCAGAGCAGUGUGCGUCGGUCGCGAACCAGCGAGCGUGAGUCCAGUUAUCAGGAGCCGGACAAUAACUGUCCCGCUAUGUUGCUCGAACAGGACCACUUUGAAACGCUGCGCGGAGGGGGAGAGGAACUGAUCUGUAACCGGAAAAACAAAGCCAACAAGAUGUCUCGGAAGCGCAAAAGCAAGUACAAGGCUGGCCCUGGUUUGCUUCAUCACAGCGAUCGAAGCGACGACUCCUCGGAGCAGGAAAGUUGCCGUCGGCACUUGGAUCUGGAGGAUUUAACGAGCCGCCUAUCGGAGCAAACGGUGUUGUCCUCGCCGCUAUUCUCUGCACCAGGUACGAAUAUUCAGGUUUGACUUGUAAUGUCUUUGGGAUUUUUUUUGUACUUGUAGUGCGUUCUGGUCGAUGACUACUAUUAUGGCGGGGUCCUCAGAUGUUAAUUUUGUCACUUCCGAUGAUCGUCUAUCUCGCGGAAAAUACGGCAGGCGGUGGCGCUUCUUCUCUUGCGGCACCCAGCACCGGGUUUGGAAAAGGUUCUGCGACCGGCGGAACGAGGGAAUCGUCUCCGAAAGAAGUUAGCAGCGGAGGCCUUUGGGCCCCAUCUGCGAAUAGUAGUUCCAAAACGCGUUUUGUGCAAGCCGGCAACGGGGGUGGAAAUGCAAAUGCAGGAGCCAAUGGUCGUUUGGCUUUGGUGCUAGCGGAAAGUGGAACAAUUAACGUCACCGCUGGAGUACUAGAUGGGGCAGCACAGACGACUUCUAGUAGCGGCACUGUCGCCAGCGCCAGCACGGCAGUCGCACCGCCUCCGGCAUUUUCGAACAGUACUGCUCCCACGGGCAGUCAUCUUCCGGGCAAUCUAGUGCCUGCGCCAGUACUGCCGCAGGCACAAGAGAACAAUAAUCCUGUUCCACAGUCUGGCACUGUCGGGACAGCUCCGCUGACAGCCGAGGGGGCAGAAAAGCUGCACCGCGCGAAUUCGAACGCAUCGUUGCGUCCACAGCUACAGGCCGUCAGCGAAGAAGAGUUUGAAGAUUCUCUCGGCGCCAGCACCGGCGCCGCUACUGUCGUGGACCACCGGCGCCUGUCGAUCUCUUCGUCUACCAGCAACCUCGGUGCUACAACUUCCUCCCACUUAGUACAUCGCGCUAGUAGUCGUGGCCCGGUGCAUGUUGCCGGGACGAGCAGGGCUGCUGCUAUCGCGAGUGUCAACAUCGGGAACAAUGUGAAUGCCACACUAGCGAGGUUCAACGGGAAGGGUGCCUACGCGAACACUGGUGCCACUAUCGCAACCACACCAGCUUGUUUUCCGAAUGAAAUUAUCCAACAGGGGAGCAGCUGCAGCGCCAACCCCACGUCCGUCUACCGCGACGCGUCAGGAAUAAGAUCGAACUCAGCGUCGCCAUUUAGUGUGAGCAUGGACGAAGACCACGGAAAGCCGCGCACUUCCUGUCUUGUAGAGCACCGGUCCAGCGAAGAGGCCGUUUUCUCAACGGUGGAGAAGAAUAUUCCACUAGGGGAACCCAGCGCCGCUAGCACAGCGAAGGAUGAGGCGAACAAAUUGAUGGGGAAACAAGAACAGAUUUCUGCGCCGCUCGUUACCACUGCAUUCCAGUCUGUCGUCGCACCGGCUGGAGUUGCUGAUGUGGACAAAAGCGCACAGCAGGGUAGCGGCGGGAAGGCUUCUACUUUCAAUCUGCAGCAAAAUACGGAUGAGGAAAUAAAAACCUUCGGUGUUCUUGCCGAGGGGGAGGUGAGAGCAGUUGUGAACAAACCAAAGAACGAGGACAGCACACCGAAGUUUGGCACUUUCUCCCCGGCGUCGGCCGCCGCACGCUUGGCCUCGGUCGGUACAAACAAUGCAGAAGACACCUCCGACGACAGCCGGGAGCAGGACCCUAUGGCCUGUUUCGAAACUGCCGUUCGCGACGAGGCGCAGCGAAGGCAAACACUACAAAUGAUGGCAUAAUGGAAUGGCAAGGAGAGGGCGCGGCACAGCACGACCUGCCAUACUUCUGCACCAGCAAUUAAAGAAAUCAGGUCGGUGUCAAAUGAAUGUGUGCGACGUCUUCGCAUAGCUGCAGUGACGAUCAUGUUUCGUAUUGAACAAAGAGAAAAUCCCAUUUCUGCGUUUCGAGAAGUGCUGUUUUGAAAAAUCAAAGUUGCGGCCAUCACUAGGAUUGUUUUUUGUACAGAGAAUCAGUGCAACUUUCGAAAUAGAAGAAGCCAUAAACUGCCUGCGUAUGAUGCCAUUAGCAAGAUGUUUAUCGGUAUGAAACUAAGCGUAUUUUCCUCCUUUCCAGCACAAGUUCCACGAGAGGAGGCGAAUCUUUGUGCGAAAAACCACCCUCCGGCCCUCUGCAGAAUUGCUGGCAUGCCUGUGCUGAUAAAUGCUUGAUGUUGAUCAUCUAGGUUUUGUCUGCCAAACGUAAAGAAAAGAGUGAUGUAGAAACAGUAACAACGAACGAAUUUGACGCGGUGACGAGCCGCAACGAACGCAC